UCUCUCUCCUCUCAGUCAGUCGCACACAGAAACCAAAACAAAAAGAAAUCCAGGAAAACAGAGCAUCUCUCUCUGUCUCUCUGUCUCGCCUUCCUCUGACAGACGAGACGAUGCAGCUGCAGCAGCGGUCUACAAUUCUCGACGUCCCAUUCAUCUGAGACGAAUAAUCAGAGCAACAGCAACCCCUGAUCUCAAUUUUUCUUCUUUCUUCCGCAAAUGGCCAGGAAGGGUUUCGUCUCCGGGGAGGGAACUGUGACCGACGCCGAUGCGUCCACGGCGGCGGAGAAGGCGAAGGCCGUGGAGAUAAAGAAGCAGCUGGAGAGGCUGGUGAAGGCCAUUGUCGACGAAGAUGACUACAGGGUCGAGACAGCCGACGAGGCCAUCAGAACCUUGGCUUCUUUGAAAGACUUGAAGUCCGAAAAGUCGUUCUCUUUCAAACUCGCUGAAGGCGGUAGCCAUGGCGGCGGUGUUCUUGCGGGCGUUCCUAAAGAAUUCAGAUGUCCCAUUUCCGGAGAGCUCAUGGCCGACCCUGUUGUCUUGGCCACUGGAGAGACUUUUGAUCGACCAUUCAUUCAGAGGUGGUUGAACGAAGGCCACAGAACGUGCCCUCAAACAAACCAAGUCAUCUCUCAUACUGUCCUUACCCCUAAUCACCUGGUUCGAGAAAUGAUUUCACAAUGGUGCAGGGAGCGUGAAAUUGAGCUUCCGAAACCUGUUCAGGAUAUUGAUGAGCAACUUGUCACCAAUGCAGACCGAGGAUAUCUGAAUUCACUGCUUGAGAAGAUGUCAUCAUCUCUAUCUGAUCAGAAAGCAGCAGCAAAAGAGCUUCGACUGCUAACAAAGCGAAGUUCAUCAUUUCGGGCACUUUUUGGCGAGUCUACUGAGACCAUUCCGCAAUUGCUCAACCCACUUUCACCAGGACAGGUUGAUGCUCAUCCUGAUCUUCAAGAAGAUCUGAUCACCACACUACUAAACCUCUCAAUUCAUGACAAUAACAAAAGAUUAGUUGCAGAGAACGCUUCAGUCAUCUGUCUGCUUAUUGAAUCCUUAAUAUCUGGAACCGUUCAAACAAGAAGCAAUGCUGCCGCAACUUUCUUCACACUAUCAGCAAUUGACUCCAACAAGAUUACUAUUGGAGCAUCGGGUGCUAUCAAACCUUUGAUUGACCUGUUAGAUGAGGGGCAUCCAUUAGCAAUGAAGGAUGCUGCUUCGGCGGUAUUCAGCCUGUGUACUGUCCUCGAAAAUAAGGGAAGGGCCAUCAAUGCUGGAGCAGUCAGGGUGAUUCUGAAGAAGAUUAUGGACCGUGUUUUAGUUGCCGAGUUGUUAGCUAUACUUGCAAUGCUCUCGAGCCAUCAGAGAGCUGUUCAGGAAAUGUGUGAGCUUGGCACUGUGCCUUGCUUGAUUGGCAUCACAAGGGAGAGUGACUGCGAGCGCAACAAGGAGAACUGUGUUGCAAUCCUUUACGCUAUCUGUUUUGCAGACCGGACCAAACUGAAAGAAAUUAAGGAAGAGGAAAUGGUUAAUGGUACAUUUUCUAGACUUGUACAAACCGGGACUUCGAGGGCAAAGAGAAAGGCCAGCGGAAUUCUUGAAAGGCUGAAUAGGACCGGUUCAAUAACGCACACUGCUUGACAGAAAUCGAACUUUUCUUCUCUUCUUUCUCCUCCGAGAAGAUAUUACCCUAUCACACCCCAUGUAAAUGUCGUAUAUUUCGUACUAUACUCCACCUGUACACAGAAAGAGCUCACAGAUUUGUACACAUUACUUGAAAUUUUCCUAGGCAAAGUUUUGGUCCAUAAGAUUUGGUCCAUUUCUAGACUUGUAAUGGCCAUCGGAAUUUCACCUCUCUUUGAUGGCAAAAGAAAUCACAACUAGUACAUUUUGUUUCUCCGUGUGUUUCCGGCUCAUUUUCCGAUUCUCGGAUGGAAUCGGUGGUAUAUCACACUGUUAGUAUCUCUCUCGUCACAUGUUAUAUUGUCGGGUUUGUGCCUCUUUGAAAUGCCAUCAUAAAUAUAAUAAGUUUCAUUUGGA